ACUCGCCAAAAAAAGAGAGGAGGAAAACAAAAACUGAAAGGCGAAGGAAAGCACAGCGCUGGCCAUUCCGUCUCGCCGUUGAGCGCCGCGAUUCCUCCCCCGAUCCCCUCCCUCCUCCUCGCCAACGCCCAAACCCAACUCCUCGAUCUCCCGCAACUACCUAGAUCUCGAAACCCUCACCGCCGCCGCCCGCUUCCUCCCCGUCGCUGCGGCCAUGGCGAAGGAGUUCACCGUGCCGCCGGUGGUUUUCAACCCUUCCACCCCGACGCUCCGCCGCCAACCUCCACCGGGCGCGGGGGCCUCCCCUCCGCCCGCCUUCGCGCCGCCCCGCCCCUCCACCUCCUCCGCCGCCAACCCGCUCCCCUUCAUGUCCUUCGACAUCUCCGCCGCCGCCGCGUCCUCCUCCUCCGCGCCGCCCCUCUUCGCGGGGCCCAUCGGCAUCGGCUCCGGCUCCUCCUUCGAGGACGAGGCGCCGCUCCUCGAGGAGCUCGGCAUCAAUACGCGCCAGAUCUGGCGGAAAACGAUCUCCAUCCUCCACCCGCUCCGCUCCGCCGACCCCUCGCUCCACGCCGACGCCGACCUCUCCGGCCCGUUCCUCUUCCUCCUCUCCUUCGGCCUCUUCCAGCUCCUCGCCGGGAAGUUUCACUUCGGGAUCGUGCUCGGUUGGGUCACCGUCGCGUCCCUCUUCCUCUAUUUCGUCUUCUCCAUGCUCUCGGGCGGCCGCCGCGGGGACCUCGACCUCUACAGGUGCGUCAGCCUCGUCGGCUACUGCAUGCUUCCCAUGGUCAUCUUCUCCGCGGUCUCCCUGUUCCUACCGCGGGGUGGCGGGCUCAUGUUUGGAGUGGGGAUGGCGUUCGUGCUAUGGUCCACCAGGGUCUGCACCAGGCUGCUCGCAGAGCUUGCAUCCAGCGGCGACGAGCAUAGGGGGCUCAUCGCCUACGCGUGCUGGCUCGUCUACAUGCUCUUCUCGCUGCUCAUCAUCUUCUGAUACUGUUUUCUGGUAUGAAAGAUCAUUUUCGGAAUUUGUUCGGUGGAUGGAGUGGACUGCCUUUUUACCUGUCACUGUAGUGGUCUUGGUGCGACGUUGCAGAACUACUUAUGGUCUGGCCAGUUGGAAGAUUAUUCUGUAAUGAUCUGUUACUUUUGAUCCUUUAGUUCCAGUGGGCAUGGUGGGGGCUUGUGUAGAUCUUGGUAGAGAAAUGAAAGUAAAGAUCUGGAAACAGCAGAUAUGAAGUAAUUAGGUUUUGCCGAAGUUUUGGUGGGAAUCUGACAUUUUAAAGGGGGUGGUCGUGGUCCGUGCAAAUUUGCUCAUCGUGCUUAACUACCACGACUGGUUUAAUUUAGGAUCACUGUGCGUAGUUUCCUUCCCAUUUCAGCGUUGCAAUUUUAUAAGAGAUAAUUGUUCUAUCUUUAGGUAAUGUGGUAAUUACCGAUUCAUUAAUCAAAGGAGGGUUAGUUUGUCUCUUGUUACAA